AUGUCAACUCGAUGUUGUGCGUUUAACUUCUGCACAAAUAAUGCAACCAAGAUAACAAAAUGGAAAAGGCAGACAUGUGAAAUUCAUCACAUUCAAUAUGGAUUGGGUUCAUGCAUUUGUGAACCCCCAUUCCGUCUCUUCCCAUUUCCAACUGAACUGAAAGAUAAUUAUUCAAGACAAAAAUGGACAAGCAUCGUGAACAGGAAGAACGGGUCGGAAAACUGGAAACCCAAAGAAGAUUCCAGGGUUUGUUCUGAGCAUUUCUUGGAUGGCAGGCCAACUCCUGCAAAUCCCUAUCCAACACUAAAAUUAGGCUACACACCACAUAAGCCAAUUAUCUCUAGACCACCACCAAAGGAGAGAUCAACAACAGUUUUCCAGACUAAUCAAGGAAAAAGAAGGAGACUGGAAUUGACAGACCUUUCUAUUCCUCAGAAUCCAACCUCAGACCCUUGUGAAAUGGAACAAAGUUUAUGCAGAGGAACUGAUGGAGAGGUAAAUAUUUCUCCAAAUGACAAUUAUGAUAAAAAAAUUGCCCAUUUAGAGGCAAAAAUUAAGGAACUCGAGAUAAAACUUGAUUCAAAAUCAAAGGAAAAGUCAUCAGUACCCCUCAAAAGAUUUUCUUUGAGUACAGUUAUGAAGUCUGAUGUAAAAGUAAAAUUUUACACUGGUUUGCCGAAUCUGGCAUCUUUCAAUGCAGUGUUUCAAACAAUACUCCCUAAUCUUCAUAAAGUGCGCUACUGGAAGGGUCCAAAAAGGCUAUGUAAUCCCCUGAAACAAAAAAACAAGUUCUCGUGCCAUUUAAGAACACUCAGUCCAAAAGAAGAAAUGAUAUUAUGCCUAAUGAAACUCAGAUUAGGGUAUUUGAAUGAAGAUAUUGCUGACAGGUUUGGUGUCUCAUCUACUCAUGUAUCUAGCGUGUUUACUACUUGGAUAAAACUCUUGAGCUCAGUGCUUGGCACAUUGGUGUUUAAUCCACCUAGAGAAGUUGUUAUAUCAAAUUUACCCCCAUCUUUCCAAAACAACACUUACAGAAAUGUCCGACAUAUUAUCGACUGCACGGAAAUUUUUAUCGAAACACCAAAUAAUUUGCAGGUAGCAGCACAAACUUGGAGUGACUACAAACACCACCAUACUGCAAAAAUAUUAGUGAGUAUUACUCCUGCUGGUAUGAUUAACUUUGUUUCAGAAGCAUGGACGGGUCGUGCAAGUGAUAAGCUUGUGACAUUGAAUUCUGGUUUUCUUAAUAUAAUAGAGCCAUAUGACAAGGUAAUGGCUGAUAGGGGUUUCCCAAUAAGAGAAGAGCUCACGUUGUUAAGGGCUGAGCUCUUGAUUCCCCCAGGUAGACGUGGGGUUUCUCAAAUGUCUGCCUCUGAUGUUUCAAAAACAAAAGCCAUAGCAAACAGGCGCAUACAUGUGGAACAGGCAAUACGCCGUAUGAAGCAGUUUCACAUUAUCAAAAAUGAAAUGCCAAUUACACUUUUACAUCACAUAGAUGAUACAGUUAAAGUCAUUGCUGGCAUUUGCAAUUUGUACCCACCACUACCAAGAUAUUAA